GACGUGCGUGGUACACUACACAGGUGUAGUGCUGCCAUAGUGGUCCGGAGUGUCGUUCGAGCACCUGAAAUCCAGGAUGGCACUCACGCCUGACUGAUACCUGCUGCACUAUGGGACCCCAGGCUGCCACGUGGAAUGUUGUGCUCUAGCCCCCCAACCUCCUGGACUACUGAGCUGCCACUUGUCUCUGGGCAGCAGCGCUGGGCGAAUUGGGUGUACCAGAAAGAGAACCUUUCCACCACCGCUGGUCUCAGCUGCUGGCGGUCCCACCUUGGCUCCAGCUCCCCCAGCCCUGGGGACCACCACAGUGGUGGCCAGUCCUAGCUACCGGCUUUGCACCCACAUCCUGCUGCACCGGACCUACAUGGAGCUCACAGUGCUGGUGAACUGGUGAUUGCCAUGCUCUGACUCCCCUGCUUUGCCCCCUGCCCUGGAACUCCACUGACCCCACCUGUGGGGCACCUGCACUAAAGAAGGGCCCCACUCCCUGCCUGUGAGCCCGGCACCCAUGAGCCCAUCUCCUCAUCCCAGGGCCUGUGAGAACUGGGGAUGGGGACAAGGUGUCGAAUGCUACUACUUUGUGGAAACAAGCUCACUCCCUCCACUGAUAAGGGAUGCUACAGAAUGGAAAGAAGUUUGAUUCCUCCAGAGACCGAAACAAGCCUUUCAGGUUCAAGAUCGGCAGACAAGAAGUCAUUAAAGGAUUUGAGGAAGGAGCUGCACAGAUGAGCUUAGGACAAAGAGCAAAGCUGACCUGUACGCCCGACAUGGCGUACGGAGCCACAGGCCAUCCUGGAGUCAUCCCUCCCAAUGCUACCCUCAUCUUUGACGUGGAGCUGCUCAGGUUAGAGUAAAGCCUUUCAUGGGAGCCGGGUGAAGACAUCUGCUGAUAAUCAUCCAUUCUUUUCCCCUUCCCUACGGUAAGAGGAGGCCGCACUGGAGUCGCAAUCUUCCCUGCUUCAGCUGCCAUGCCAAUAGCACCUGCCCUUAGGUUGUUUAUUCCUUUCCCUCUUCUUUAAAGUUGUUGUGUCCAUAUUUGUCUUCUAUUAGAAGCUUCUUUGCUCUGAGAAAAAUUUCCCCCGUUGUAACAUUUUUGAGUUGUACAUUUCAUUUAAUUUGCAUGUGAUUAAAAUUCACAAUGAUCAUUAAAUAUAUAUAUAUAUAUAUAUAUGUAUAUAUAUAUAUUCCUUAUGGAAAAACCACUGCCUUACUGUACACAAACUGAGACAAACAAAAGGUGCUCAGAAAUCAAAUGUACACCUCGUACAUGAAGGGGCAUUAGCCAAACGGAGUUACCUGCGUUGCCACUUUUUUCUCAACUUGUGCGUGCUUGCUCGCUGCUGUUUUAAACAAAUGUCUCAUUUGAAAAUUUAAAAAAAUAUGGAAACAAUAAAAUCUUGAUACUUUACCAUU